AGAAAAGAGAAAACAAGAACAUAAACAAAACCAAGAGAUUAAAGAAAAUGGCAAUAAAGAGUUUAGCAUUGAGAAUUACGGCCUCGACUCCAGUAGUGUGAAAUCUUAAUGGCUCUGAAAGGAGGCCUAUCCUCUUCUCUUCUCUAACUCGCCUUCUGGGUAUUCCACCGUGAGCUUAUUCUUCUACAAUUUCAUUUUCUCUUUCUCAUUUCUUCGGAAGCAUGGAGGCAAAGUGUGUAGUUCCAUUAAAAGAUUUUCGCAAUAUUGAAAUUAUGGCACACAUAGAUGCAAGAAAGACCACUACACUUGAAUAGAUUCUUUACUACACAGGAAGAAACUAUAAGAUUGGUGAGGUACAUGAGGGAGCAGCCACAAUGGAUUGGAUGGAGCAAGAACAAGAAAAAGGGAUCACCAUAACAUUUGCAAUGACUACAACUUUUUGGAACAAACGUAGGAUUAAUAUUAUCGAUACCCCAGGUCAUGUUGACUUCACCCUUGAAGUGGAGCGAGCUCUCAGGGUUUUAGAUGGAGCUAUAUGCCUAUUUGAUAGUGUUGCUGGUGUAGAACCACAAUCUGAGACAGUGUGGAGGCAAGCUGACAAGUAUGGAGUACCUAGAAUUUGCUUUGUAAAUAAGAUAGACUGUUUAGGAGCAAACUUUUUCCGCAUAAAAGACAUGAUAGUUACAAACUUGGAUGCUAAACCACCAGUGAUUCAAUUAUCCAUUGGUUCAAAAGAUAAUUUUCAAGGUGUGGUUGAUUUAGUAAAGAUGAAAGCUGUGAUUUGGUCAGGGGAAGAGUUAGGUGUGAAGUUUGUAUACCAAGAUAUUUCAGUUGAUCUUCAAGAGUUGGCUCAAGACUACCAUUCACAGAUGAUUGAAGCCAUUGUUAAAUUAGAUGAUAAAGCCAUGGAAAACUAUCUAGAAGGAUAUAAACUUGAUGAGAAAACAACUAGGAAAUUAAUUAGGAAGGGCACCAUUUUUGGUAGUUUUGUGCCAGUAUUAUGUGGUUCAACUUUUAAAAAUAAAUGGAUUCAACCAUUACUUAAUACUGUUGUGGACUAUUUACCUUCACCUCUGGACUUGCCAGUAAUGAAGGGAAACAAUCUUGAAAAUCUUGAACUAAUAAUUGAAAAGACAACAAGUGAUGAACCAUUUGCUGGACUAGCUUUCAAGAUCAUGAUAGAUCCAUUUGUGGGGUCCUUUGCAUUUGUGAGAAUUUAUGCUAGAAAGCUUCUUGCAGGUUCUUAUUUGCUUAAUGCAAACAAAGGAAAGAAAGAGAGAAUUGGUAAACUUCUAGAAAUGCAUGCCAAUAGCAGAGAGGAUAUUAAGGUGGCUUUAAUAGGUGAUAUUAUUGCUUUUGCAGGUCUAAAAGAUAACAUUACAGAUGGUUCUUAUCAUGAUGUCGAUUCUUGUGUCUUGGCAUUUCAGCUGGUUGCCAGACGAGCUUUUAAAGAAGGGAUAAAAAAAGCUAGCGCUAGAAUCUUAGAACCUAUCAUGAAAGUUGAAGUCAUAACAGUUGAAGAACACUUGGGAGAUGUGAUUGGUGAUCUAAACUCAAGGAGAGGCCAGAUUAACAGCUUUGGUGACAAACCAAGGGGGUUGAAGUAUGUUAGCACUCUCCGAGGAAUGACAAAGGGUCGUGCAUCCUACACCAUGCAAUUAGCCAAGUUUGAUGUUGUCCCUCAACACAUCCAAAACCAGCUUGCUUCCAAAGAGGAAAAAGUUGCAGCCUGAUUUUGUUUGCCAAUUGCCAGAGUCCACCAAAUCCUUCACUCUGUUUUGACACUGCCAAGCUCUUGGAUGGAGGAUAUGAAGCAAAAAGCUGAAGAAACCUGAUACUAUAAAUUUUGUACCAAAAUACAUUCUUGAGGGAAAUUAUUUGCAUUUGCAAACAUAAACUCAUUUUGACCUUUUUUUUUUUUUUUUGGAGUUGAAAUUCCUUUUUAAAUGAACAGAAUUUUAUUAA